CCUUCUGUAGAACCCCUUACUUCCGGUUCAUGACUGCAGACAGCGGAUGGGGAUGAAUGAAGAUUCUCAAAAGUUGCCUCUGGUAGAGUUUUGAAAGGCCAGCUUCAAAAAACGAGAGGAAAACCGGAAAACAGAAAUCAGCGCGCCGUCGCAUGUGAAUGACGUAGCUGAAGUCAGUGGUGGGAUCUGCUACUGGGAGAGGAGCUGCUCGGUUGUCCUUUCUUUAAAGGGGAAAAAAUCCUUUAUUAGCUAGACCAGAUCCACCUGCAGCCAUGGCCCAAUACAAGGGGGCUGCCAGCGAGGCUGGCCGCGCACUCCAGCUGAUGAAGAAGAGAGAGAGGCAGCGGGAACACAUGGAGCAGAUGCGGCAACGCAUUGCAGAGGAGAACAUCAUGAAAUCGAACAUCGACAAGAAGUUCUCAGCCCAUUACGACGCUGUGGAAGCAGAGCUGAAGUCCAGCACUGUGGGUCUGGUGACCCUCAACGACAUGAAGGCCAAGCAGGAGGCGCUGGUGAAGGAACGGGAGAAGCAGCUGGCCAAGAAGGAACAGUCGAAAGAACUGCAGCUGAAGCUGGAGCGGAUGCGUGAGCGAGAACGCAAACAGGAGCAGAAGCGCAAGAUCUCCAGCUUGUCCUUCACUCUGGAUGAGGAAGAGGAAGACGAUGAAGGAGAGGAAGAGGAGGAGGAGCUGGAGCUGGAGCGGGAAGAGCUGCCCACCAAGAAGAGGAAACUGGGGAAGAAUCCUGACGUGGACACCAGCUUCCUGCCUGACCGGGACCGUGAGGAAGAAGAGAACCGUCUUCGAGAAGAGCUGCGCCAGGAGUGGGAGGCUAAGCAGGAGAAAAUCAAAAGCGAAGAAAUUGAAAUCACCUUCAGCUAUUGGGACGGCUCUGGACACCGCCGGACAGUCAAGAUGAAGAAGGGAAACACCAUUCAGCAAUUCCUUCAAAAGGCGCUGGAGAUCUUGCGGAAGGACUUCAGCGAACUCCGGUCUGCUGGUGUGGAGCAGCUCAUGUACAUAAAGGAGGAUUUGAUCAUCCCACACCAUCACAGCUUCUAUGACUUCAUUGUCACUAAAGCCCGGGGGAAAAGUGGGCCACUCUUCAAUUUCGAUGUCCACGAUGACGUUCGGCUUCUGAGCGAUGCAACAGUGGAAAAAGACGAGUCUCAUGCCGGGAAGGUGGUGCUGCGCAGCUGGUACGAGAAGAACAAGCACAUUUUCCCUGCAAGCCGGUGGGAGCCCUACGACCCCGAGAAGAAAUGGGACAAGUAUACGAUCCGCUGAGCAGCUGUUGGGUGUUUUCUGUGUCGUUCCUGGCUGCUCCUCGCCUCCCUGAUCCUGCUGUCGCAUCUUUUUAGAUGGAGUCAAUCACCCCAGCCUUUGCAGCUGAAACACACACCCACACCCACACACACACCCACACACCCCAACUGUAUCAGUCUUUGGUGAAAUAAAAUCUGCUUCACCCA